CGCUGAGACUUUGCACAUGUUUGAAUCCAAUGAUUUUUUAUCAAGCUGUUGGAGAAACUCAUAGGAGAAACUGGAGUCAACCACCAGCAGUGUGUGUGUAUGUGUAUGUGUGUUUGUGUGUGCCAUAGGAUCAGAUAUUACCUUCAAAACUGUUCGUUUGUCAAGUUAAAAUGCAUCCAGUCAGAGUGUCGAUCCCGUCGUUUCGUUCAGAAAACAACUCGAUCGAGAAAGGAUACACGGUCUUUAGAAUUGACGUGCUGAUGAAUGGCAGACAACAUGCUGUUGAGAAACGCUACAGUGAAUUCCACGCUUUGCAUAAAAUGCUAAAGAAGAGCAUAAAGCCACCUGAGAUCCCUUCCAAACAUGUUAGAAACUGGGUCCCCAAAGUCCUGGAGCAGAGGAGGCAAGGUCUGGAGCUCUACUUGCAGACUAUAAUUAUGGAAAAUGGAGUUCUUCCAAAGAUAUUCCUGGAUUUCCUAAAUAUCCGCCAUUUUCCUUCAGUGCCAAAAACAGAAAGCUGUGGGUCGUUUGAUACAGAAUCAGAGGAAUCAAGUAAACUUUCACACCAGCCUGUCUUGCUGUUUCUGAGAGACCCCUACCUGCUGCCAUCUGCUCACGAUGCAUUUUCAAAUGUUGUGAUUGAGGGUGUAGUACAUGGAGUUUUCUAUCCAGAUCUUCAACCAAGGUAGAGCUGCAGAUCCGAUUUGAGGGCAUGUCAAUACAAAAGGAGGUGUCAUGUUUUCACACCAUUUUAGGUGUGCAUCGGGAAGGAUGUGACAUGUUAAGAUACACUGAGCCUCAUAUAGAUUUUCCAAAUCAUAAAACAAAAAUCCAUUAUUUUCUUCUCUCGAUAAAUCGCUGGCACUACACCAUAUGUUGUUCUAAAAAUAAGCAAUAUUGACCCAUAUUUCAAGGGAUUUGAAUCCUAAGAAAAUAAUUUAAGCACAACAACUUUUGUCAGCUAUCAAAUUUAAUUGUUAAUAAUAAUAAUGUGAAACAGUAUGGCGCGUUAACAUAGAUGUUUUGAAACAUUUGAAUCAAAAUAAUAAAGUAAAGACUAAAACUAUACUUUUAAGAUUAAAGCAAAUACAUUCUAUUUUCCUUCUUUCUUAAGAAAUUAACGAGUGGAAUUAACAUACAGGAUUACUAAAAAAAAGGGAUAAUAGGCAGAUCAAUUUAGUUUUUUUUUUUUUUAGAGCUUUUAGUAAGUAAAUACCAGAAGUUGAACCCUGGGGAACCAGAAAGGAAAUGCUGAUGCCAGCUGGACUGAAGGUUAGUUUGCCAUACACAGAGGAGGCCUGUAAGGACAAAGCACAGGGCUGGAGUGGAGAGCUGGAUCAUGGCCUGCUAACAGGGAGGUGCCCCUCCCUUUGUAGCACCAGUACUGUGCUGACAAAUAGAGCCAUCUGAGGGAGAGCCAGCGACAGAGACAGCGUGGAACAACUUUGAGUGUAUUUGUGCAUUCUGGUGGAGUUGACAGCUAUGUGCCACAUGCUAGGGUGGAAUUGGAUUUGAGUUGUGAUGUGGACCUCUUUUACUGAGCAUCAGAUGUUUGUGAAGGAGUAUUGUAGUGUUUACAGUGGUGCUACUGAGCUCUGUGGGGCUACCAGAACAGCAGCUCAGUUUAGUGAGGUGAUGAGCGUGAGGUUUUGGGCACAAAGCCUAUUUGAAUUGAAACCGCGACAGACAGAAAUAGGUGGCACAACCUGUGUGCGAGGAAUGAUGCAUUAAGCUCGAGGCAAUUAAAAAGAGCACCACUGAUUUAGCAUUUGCACUCCUACUACAUUGUCAGACUUGAAAAAGCAGGGCAAAGCAAAGUGACAUCAGUUAAGGCAAUUUAUUAGAUUUUGCAGUUUUUUCUGGAGCCAUUAAAGGCUUUAUACAACUUUUUUUCACAUAUGCAGUAGUAGUUCCAAGACCUGUAAACAGACUUUGUAUGUAAAACAGGUGGAGUUUCCCUUUGAGAGAGGAUGAGAGAGAGGGUACUUCUCCAUUUCUUAAUUAUCUCUCCUUGCUUCCUUCACUUGCAUUUCAAAAGAUGUUCAAUGAAAGAUGCAAUGAUGAGAUAUGAGAGCUGAUAUCAGGAGAAUAAGCCUGUUUCAACCAAUCACAGGGUUUGAUUUGUUUGUUGAUGUCCCACAGGACAUGCAAAAUAUUGUUAACCAAAAUCUAUUAUAAUCAUUAAAACAAAGCAGAAAUCCUUCUUUUUACUGACUAGAGCUGUCACAACCCUGUUCCUGUUAUAUUGUCCCAAAAACUGGCUACAGGCUCUGCACACACACACGUUUGGUAGCUGUCGUGGAAGUAGAUUUUCACACCAUUUUCAUAUGAAAAUGAGAAUGACGUUUAAUUUGCGCACACAAGUAGGAAAGGCUUCUGAUAACACUUGCUAAAGGCCAGUGUCUAACACUAAUACCAGUCAUGUUAAGUGUAAUGUUGAAUUUACACAUAAUAUAGGUCAGUUUUUCAAUUGUGGUGAUCAGAGGUAUAGUCAGUCACCCAUCAUGUAAAGGGAAGUGUGAUUUUUAAAAGACUUACAACCAGUAAAACACUGUGCAAUAUGAAAUAAAAUACAGAUAGUCUUUAUAUUGUGAAGUACAAACCAUCUCCUUGUUAACACUUGUCACUUUUUGGGCAGUAAUUGAUCUGACCAGUUUUCUUAUGUGACUGGACCUCCUCUUAUGCACAGUGACAACUACAUAUUUAUAUGGAAUCGAAUGAAUCCUGAGCAAUUAACCUCAACUAAACAGAUCAUGAUUUUAUGUUUUAACAAAGUAAAUCAUUUCACAGAGAUCCAUCUGGUAGAUUUAUAUGUAUUUAAAUUGUGCAACAUUGUACUGUUUGUGCUCUAUGUGAAAAGUGUCAUUUAUGUGCCAUAAUGUCAACCUACAGUGAACACUGGAAUUCUACUGUAGCACUUUAAGAUAGGCGAUAUGUAAAAUACUGACACCAAUAAAAUUCAUUAUUUCCACAAA